UCUGACCCUAGCGCCCACAAUUAAAAGGGCCACGCCAUUGACCCACUGUUUUACAACACAAUAACGUGUGGCAGGCGGUGUAGCCAACCUGUUUCUCACAGAACUCUUACACUAGAAAUUCCACCCUACGGUUGGCAUGGAUUGCGGAGAGAAACAAUAAAAACAGACAAAACGUCGCUUGAGUGAACGCUAGGGUGUGUCUCCCGGGAACUGCAUGCUGGGAGUUGCACCUCCUGAUUCUUCCUGGGGGGCCCUCUCUCCUCUCGGCCGCAAGGGGCGCUCGAGAGCCAGCCUCGGGACCGCGCGCCGAUUGGCUCCUCGGGAAACAGACGGGACCUCUGGUUCAGGCCGGCUGGCGUCCGACCUGUAGAGUGGGUUCCCAGCGCUACGUGCUUUAGUUUUCGGGACUGUCCUUUGAUAACCGCCACCGCGGGCUUGGAACUCCCCGAGAGUUUUUCCUUAACAGCAGUCCCUCUUUUUUCACUUCAAGACUGAAGCUCGAGUAACUCACCAUUUGGCUGAAAUAGAGACAAGAUUUCCCAAACUUUCGUCGGAGGAAAAAGAAAAACAAACCCAACGGCGGAGGAGAGAAUUUCUAGCGUAUGGCCCGCCGUUUAUUUGAAGUUUCUUAUUUUGCCUUAAAAACGAGGAAAUUUGCAUUUUGUUCCUGUGGCAUAUUUUUGUUUGUUUUCUUGAAAACAUUUAAAGCCACCCGUUAAAUUAGUACACCCUUUAAGAUGAACCAGUUCUUUUCCUGUGGCUUCAGUGCCUUUACACCCCUUACCCACCCCUCGAGUGUUACUUUGUACAGAACUGGUUUGAGUUAUGGAAGAACCAAAUUCUGACCGCUAUCACUUAGUACUUAAGCACUAGAACCCUGUAUUAGCGAAAUGGUCAAGUCAAUUUAGGUUACUAGUUUUAAGCUUUACCUAAGGCUUUAACGGCUUAGCAAGGAUACUGAGGUUCUAGUCUUACUGAAUUGUUUUCACGAUAGACUUACUUUUGUCUGACCUAAUGAUGUCUGCCUGAAUAAGCAGAGUGUGACAUGUUGGAUAUGCCCAUCUAGGCCACAGGACCUUCUUUUUAUUCUGAGAGCGGUUUGGAUACUUAAAGAAGAUUAUUUGAAGACUCCUUCUGGAAUCAAAUAGCAUGGAUCCCACCAGUGACUACCAUUUCCUCAAUCAGAUUUUGUGGAGAAGAGUGAAACUCACAUUGGUUUGUGGCAUCUUUGAGGGAGUGCUCCAGCAUGUGGACCCUAACAAGAUUGUUGUCCUGAAGAAAGUGAAGAAUGUGGAGACUGAUCGAAGUGUCCCAGGAGUGAAGAUGUUUUUUGGACACGAGAUUGUGAAUGUGGAACUACUGGAUGAAGAAGAACAAGGUGCAGUAAGAGAAAAGGCAUCUUCUGUUAGUCUAAAUACAGAAAGAAACAGGAUGGAUACAAUAAAAGAUGAAGACCUAAAUGUAUAUAAGCCUGCUUCUCCUGCCUCUGAGGCACCAACCACUUCUCUGCUAAAUGACCUCAAGUACAGCCCAUCAGAGGAAGAGGAAGUGACAUACACAGUCAUUGAUCAGUUCCAGCAGAAAUUUGGUGCUGCAAUGCUCCACAUCAAGAAGCAAAGUGUCCUGAGUGUGGCAGCAGAAGGAGCUAAUGUGUGUCGUCAUGGGAGACUAUGUUGGCUUCAGGUGGCCACAAGUAGCCGAGUUUACUUAUUUGACAUUUUCCUUCUGGGAAGUCGUGUUUUCAGCAAUGGACUUCAGAUAGUAUUAGAAGACAAGAGAAUUUUGAAGGUUAUCCAUGAUUGUCGUUGGCUUUCUGAUUGCCUCUCUCAUCAGUAUGGAAUUUUGCUGAAUAAUGUCUUUGACACCCAGGUAGCAGAUGUCCUUCAAUUUUCCAUGGAAACAGGCGGCUUUCUUCCAAACUGCAUUAGUACUUUACAGGAGAGUUUAAUCAGACACCUUAAAAUAGCCCCUAAAUAUCUCUCCUUUCUGGAAGAGAGACAAAAACGGAUUCAAGAAAACCCAGAACUAUGGUUCGCACGACCUCUUUCACCCUUUUUGCUAAAAAUUUUGGCCUUGGAAGCUACCUACCUGCUGCCCCUUCGCUUGGUACUCCUAGAUGAAAUGAUGUCUGAUCUAACUACCCUGGUGGAUGGGUACCUAAACACCUACCGAGAAGGGUCUGCAGACUGGCUGGGAGGCAUGGAGCGUACAUGUAUGGAGCUCCCAGAGGAACUGCUUCGACUGAAGGACUUCCAGAGACAGCGCAGAGAGAGAGCUGCAAAAGAAUAUAGAGUAAAUGCGCAGGGACUCCUAAUAAGGACAGUACUACAUCCAAAGAAGUCUAUGACAGAGACAGCAGGGAAAAAGGGAAAAGUAAGAGGUUUCUUACUUUGUAAAAAUUCUAGGCUAGAUAAAGCUCCAAAUUUUACAUCUCACAAGGAUGUAAAUUUGCUAAAAGAAGAAUCUAAGAGUAAGCAAACCACAGCGGAAUCUCAGCAUCUACCUCCCAUAAAGGAAGAAGUCAGUGAAGAUUCCAGUAACAAACGAAUUUGCCCUGAGUCAGAGGGGUUUAAGGACCAGAGAAUAACUCUAAAAGAAUACCUCAAGAUACCUAAACAAGAGUUUCAGACAAAUUUAUCUUUGAAAGAGGAGAUAGAACAGUUACUGAUGGUGGAAAACAAGGAAGAUCUAAAAUGUACAAAACAAGAUGUUUUAGUGUCUCCUUCCCUUCCUCAGGAAACCAGAGUGUCUCCAAGUGACAUUUUUCAUCCUUUUAGAAAAGCUGUGCUUCCCACACUUCCUCCCUGCCCAGCUUUGGAGAAGACUGAUUCCUGGAUAAAUCCAGAUUCUCCCAAUCUGCCUUAGAGAUCUGCAGUUUGUUCUUGAGGCCAAUAAAGGUGGCUUAUUUCUUCUGCCAUCAAGGCCUUCCUCAGUGCUUAAGUUUCUUGUGCUGUAAAUUAGUCACAGGCUUUGGGGGAAAUUAUAUCCUCUUGCUUGCUCCUAUAUUCUUAGAAUUUGAUUAGGAUGGGAAUGAAUAAGUUAAAUAAUGGAAGAAGUAAAUGUUCUGAUUAUGUCACUGUGUAGAAAUGUUCCCUGUGGCCAAACUGAAUUACUUCUCAUAAUUUGGGUUUAAAGGAUUUGAAGAAGGGAAAAAUUUUGGACUUAGUGUCUGGAAGAAUCUAUACUUGAAAUUUUUUGUUGUUUUUUCUGGUUUGAAGGAUGUUGGUAAAACUCUUAGCCAUAAGUUUAAAAAUAUUAGUACCUGACAACUUUACCUGUACUUUUUUCCUUUUUAGAAUAUUAACUUUGUCAAUUAUACCUCAAUAAAGAUGAAAAAUAUUAACUUUAUUUUUGAAUUUUAAAUGUUUGGUCUGUCUUAUGUCAUAGACAAACAAUAGUUUAUGUUAUUACAGGAAUCAAUAUCCCAGUUUUAAUUUCUUUUCAUUCCAUUUACUUUUAGAGAGUUUUGUCCAUUUCCCUAACAAAGCAGGGCCUUCUUUAGAGUAUGUCUAUUAUGUAAACUUGAAGUUUGAUUCCACUAUAUUUGCCUGGAGUUGGUAUGCCUUCUUAGGGUGAAAGGAAGGUAGCCUGUACUGAGCCCUUUUUAUGUUGAAUACUUGCAAGUUGCUCAUUCUUUUGUGUAUAAUAACCAGUAAACCUGGUUGGUAUUAGGUUAUCUCUCACUUUUCUUCAUUGGGUCAGGGUAGGAAUAAAUUGGAAUGUGUCUGCAUUUCUACGUCUAGAAUCCAGUGAGAAAUCUGUAACUUUUUUUUUUUUUUCCGGCCCUGCACGGCCUGUGGGAUCCUAGUUCCUUGACCAGGGAUGGAACCUGGGCCACCUCAGUGAAAGCACCGAGCCCUAACCAUUGGACUGCCAGGGAAUUCCCUAGAAAUCUGUAAUUUGACUGUUAUACAGGCCUCUACUACUUAGGGGAGACAGGGACAGUCUAUAAUUAGGAACAUCCUUGUCUGUGUUCAUUGAUUCUAUCAUGAGUACCACUGAAAGAACAGCUGUGUCUUCCAAAUCCCAGAGCCCAGAUCUGGUCUAAGCUUAAGAUGAAGGCAGGACUAAGAGCAGUCAGCUCAGCCCUGCAGUUGCUGUCCCUCACUUUGUCCAUAGUUUAGAAGGUCAUUGGAGGCCAAGGUGGUUUCUGGUUCAUUCUGGGUGAAUGUGUUUUCAGGUUGAGCCCAGAAAGUGGUUAAUCUAGGUUUACUCUGGGAAGGGCAUGAAUUUCUGUGAAAUUCAUAGAAUUGAUUUAGCUUCUUAUGGAACCAUACCACACACAAUUUUUAUACAUACAUACGUGUAAAUAUACAGGCUACAAAGAAAAAUGUGACAUUCUUCAUAUUUAAAAAAAAGGAUUCUUCUUUCAUUAUGUAUUUUGUGACUAAUAAAGAACAGGAUUCUGUUGGACCUUUGCUGUACUGCUCAAUAUGGUAGUUAUAUGUGGCUAUUUAAAAUUAAAUUGAUUAAAAUGAAAUAAAAUUAAGAAUUCAGUUCCUCAGUUGCACUUGCUAUAUGUCCAAUACUCAAUAGUUUCAUGUACCCAGUGGCUACCAUAUUGAACAUCACAGAUAUAGAACAUUUCCAUCAUUCCAGAAAGUUCUAUUGGACACUGCUAUUUGAGAAGUACUUUGACUCUCAGAACUAAAUGAGCCUUCCGAGUUUCAUCACAAUAUUUUCUUAGUGAAACGGUCACAUAACUGGAACUGCAUUUUUCUCCAUAUUCUAGCCUGGAGUGCCUACCUAAAUUCUAUGUGCUCAGAUCCAACCAUGAACUUCUGUCCUUUGCUGGAUAGAGUGAAAAAAAAAUCCCUGGGUUCUUCAAGCCCUGCUGCUAGUGCUCUGUGCCAUUGCCAUUACUUAGAUUUCUUAUCUAAAUUUUGCUCAGAUUUUGGAAAAUCUUUGGUUCUUGACCCAACCAGUUGUUGAGUUCUUACUCUAUAUUUUUCUAGUUGAGAGUUUAUAAACCAUACUGCCUGCUUUUCCAAAUUCUUGGAGUCUUGCUUCAGUCUACACUGAAUUCCUGCAUCUGUCCUACUCAGGUCUGACCUUUCUGUACAUGAUCUGCAGUUAGAGAUUCUCACAAGCAAUCUGAUCCUUUUAAUUUGGGAAUUAGGAAACAGAGUUAAAUGACUUCCCUGAAGAAAAGUGCUGCACUGAGAAUAGAACCAGUGUUUCUUACCUCUUGGUCCAUUCAGUGUUCUUUCAACUAUAGUAUGAAAAAUCAUUGCAGCAGCUUUGCCUCCAGUCUGGCUGUGAGCUUGAUAAAGCCUAACAUGACACAAUAUAAUUUUAAUACACUGGGACUUCCCUGGUGGCACAGUGGUUAAGAAUCCACCUGCCAAUGCAGG